AUGAUGCAGAUUUCUGAUGCCUUUGUCGAAGAUGAUAUCUUGUCUAGAGAAAACGAGGACGAAGAUUUCAGCAAUGAAGUGGAUUGGAGAACCGAAGUUCACCUCUUCCUUGAACAAGGAACGCUACCCAUAGAUUUUAAGCAAGCCCGAAAUAUACAAUCAAAAGCAGGGAGAUACGAUCUUCGGGGAGGUGUUCUCUACAAGAAAUCUUUUCUCGGUCCCCUGUUACGCUGCUUAUCCAGGGAGGAAGGCUAUCGUAUCUUGAGGGGUAUCCACUACAAGGACGCAGGCAACCACAGCGGGAUGAGACCAUUAGCUGACAAAGCCAAGAUGCAAGGAUAUUACUGGCCGCAGAUGAUACAAGACGCUGCCAGAAUGUCAAGAAGAAGCGAAGAAUGUCAGCGUUUCUCUAGGAGAAUCCAUGCCACGGCAACGAAUCUAAAUUCAGUAGAUAUCCCCUGGCCAUUCUCUAAAUGGGGCAUAGAUAUCGUCGGACCCCUGGUUGAAGGAUCAUGGAAAAGAUUCGGCAUCCCCGCAGAAAUUGUCUCCGACAACGGAAAGCAACUACAGGGAAGAACAUAG